CUCUCUCUCUCUGUCUCUCUCUCUACAUACCUUUUCUUGCAAUCUAAGAAUUGUGUCCAUUUAUAUCCCGAAAACUCAAUACACACAACUGUGGUCUGCGAUCCUCAUUCGUCGGAAGAACCCAGAAAAAUGAGCUCGGUUUGCAUAUCGAACUGUGUUAACGACGCACGUGACCCUCGUGUUCCCGUCCGGGCCACCUACGUGAACCUCUACAAGUGGCCGGAGUCCGACGCAGAGUUCGUCCGGUCGUUCAGCUCCGCCGAAGGCCGCAGGGGAAUGCAUGGCCAUCCCAGAGUGGUGGACAGUAUCUCGUGCAGGCAGAUGUAUCUGAGAAGCUACAAGUUCUCCAGGAAAGAAACUGUGCCGGAGAAGACGCAGAAAUGUUUCGGGAGGGUGAGAGAGAAAAUGUCUCCCGGAAAGAAGAGAAAGACUCAGGGGCUUAAAAGGAAGUGUUUGGUUUGGAGGAAAGUUAGGGAAUUGUCGUGUGCCGCCUUGUUUAGGAUCUUUCACAGGUUUUUGUCUUGCUCUGCUAGUGUAGACGUUAUGGAUGGAUAAGAUUGACAUCAUAAGCUUUCUCUACUCAAUUCCUCUGUUUUUUAUGCUCAGAACUACAUUUACUUAAAAAAAAGGGGAAGAAUCUGGUGUUGUGUUCUUGUUUAUCUAGUUUUGUGUUAAGUUAUGUUGAAGGGAAAAUAUUGCAAUGGACAUUGUGGCAAGAAUAGUUCUGUGUAAAUCUGCAUGUCCUGAUCAUCCUGCCGAGCUUACAGAAAAACCAUGUAAUUUUGCUCUCCUUUUUUAUUUCAGUGUGAUUCUAAGAAAUAAUGUUUUGUAUUUAGUAAUGCUGUCGGUAUUUUCAGUA